GGUCAGAUCCUGUAUGGUCGUAGUCACCAGAACGCUACAGCCAUCCUCAACAGUGUUGUAGAGGACCUCAGCCACUAACAUACAGUACUGUCAGAUAUAGUAGUAAUGUAUUAUAUAUUAUGUCCUGGUUGUAGAUCAACGGUCAGAUCCUGUAUGGUCGUAGUCUCCAGAACGCUACAGCCAUCCUCAACAGUGCUCCUUCUAAAGUCCAGAUCCUCCUCACCAGGAAUAAAGCCGCUCUGACGCAGAUGGCUCAAGGACCCAUGGGUGGGGACUCCUCAUCUUCCUCCAUCCAUCCCUCCAUCUCUCUCUCCUCUUUUCUCCAUCCCUCCAUCCAUGUCUCUUCCUCCCAUCCCCCCAUUCCUCCCCACUCUUCCGUCGGCACUGCCAGGAACGCCUCCUCCUCUAGCGGGCGAUCUGAUUGGCCAACGGGCUCCGCUCUGACCCCUGACCUCCUGAGCUGUCCCAUAAUACCCGGCGUUGACAGCACCAUAGAGAUCUGUAAAGGACACUUGGGCCUGGGCCUCAGCAUCGUGGGGGGGUGUGACACGCUACUGGGGGCCAUAAUAAUCCAUGAGGUUAAUGAUGGAGGAGCAGCUCAGAGAGACGGGAGGCUGUGGGCUGGAGACCAGCUGCUAGAGGUGAAUGGUAUAGACUUGGGCCAGGCCACCCAUGAGGAAGCUAUAGGGGUGUUGAGGCUGACCCCUCAACGGGUGCGUCUCACGGUGUUCAGACAUCAGCAGGAGUACGGGGAGGAGGACCUGUGGGAUGUCUUCCAGCUGGAGCUCAGACUACGACCUGGACAGACCCUGGGGCUCAGCACUGUAGGGAAGAGCAACGACACAGGUGUGUUUGUGUCUGAGAUCAUUGGAGGGGGUGUGGCUGAUGAAGACGGACGGCUGUUUCUAGGAGACCAGAUCCUGUCAGUCAACAGAGAGGAUGUCAGAACAGCUACACAGGAACACGUUACCUCACUGUUACAGAGCUGCAGCAGUGGAACGGUGAUCCUAGAGAUCGCUCGCUUCAAAGCCGUCGGCGUUCAGUACUCCUGUGGAAGUCAGAGUGGGGACUCCGUAGGCAGUGACAGCUCCACCCUGACCCCCUCCACUGUGUAUGAUGUCCAGGGUCACCACCCGGGGGACACAGAGAGACGCCAGAGAGGAGAGGACGACACACUGGAAGACCACCAUGACAUAAGGACAGUGGUGAUACAUAAGGGUCCGUGUGAUUCUCUGGGUCUGAGUGUAUCUGGUGGUGCUGGUUCUCCUCAUGGAAACGUACCUCUCUUCAUCUCUACUAUGGACCCUGCUGGACUGGCUGCCAGGUCACACCAAAUCUAUGUAGGAGAUGUCAUGGUAAGUAUUAACGAUGUCUCCACUGAGGGGAUGAGCCACGUCCAAGCUGGAGUUCUGUUGAAGACCAUCAGUGGGACCAUCACCCUACAGGUGCUGACUACAGGGUCGGUGGCUGAGGCCUGUGGAGGAGGACAGGGUCAGGGGGAUGUCGGUCUCCCCUCCACAGGACCAGCUACCCUACACAACAACACGAGUCCCCAGUUUUAUAGAACCAUCAGUCUGGACAGAGGAGCUCUGGGUCUAGGCUUCAGUAUAGUAGGAGGGUUCAGCAGUCCCCACGGAGACCUGCCCAUCUACGUCAAAACUGUCUUCGGAAAGGGAGCAGCGAUUGAGGAUGGCAGGUUGCAGCGUGGGGAUCAGAUCAUCGCCGUGAACGGUCACAGUCUGGAGGGGGUCACCCACGCCGGCGCCGUCGCCAUACUGAAGAGGACCAAGGGAACUGUAGUCCUCACCGUACUCUCCUGAGUGUAGUCCUCACACAACCGUCUGUCGCUCUUUGAUGAUGUCAUCAGCAGACUACAUCAAGGUUGUGUUCAUCAGGAAACAGACGAAACAGGGAGGGACUGUCUGAACCUUUUCAAUAACAAACAUUCAUUUAUGUGUUCUGUUGCAAAACGUUUUGCUACGGUGUGCACUAAUGAAUAUAACCCUGUUUAUCUCUAGAAUGAGGUGAAGAUUCUCACAGAAAAAUUUCUUCUAUAUGUCAUCCUAGAUGUAACUGGUUCUCAUUGUAACAAAACUAUGAACCCUGUAAUGCAUUUCUAUGUAUCUAUGUACAUCAAAAUGGAUCUCAUCAUAGUAGACUACUGACUACUCACAUCACUGUCUCUCCUUCAAAAUGGACCUCAUCAUAGUAGACUACUGACUACUCACAUCACUGUGUCUCCUUCAAAAUGGACCUCAUCAUAGUAGACUACUGACUACUCACAUCACUGUGUCUCUCCUUCAAAAUGGACCUCAUCAUAGUAGACUACUGACUACUCACAUCACUGUGUCUCUCCUUCAAAAUGGACCUCAUCAUAGUAGACUACUGACUACUCACAUCACUGUGUCUCUCCUUCAAAAUGGACCUCAUCAUAGUAGACUACUGACAUCACUGUGUCUCUCCUUCAAAAUGGACCUCAUCAUAGUAGACUACUGACUACUCACAUCACUGUCUCUCCUUCAAAAUGGACCUCAUCAUAGUAGACUACUGACUACUCACAUCACUGUGUCUCUCCUUCAAAAUGGACCUCAUCAUAGUAGACUACUGACUACUCACAUCACUGUCUCUCCUUCAAAAUGGACCUCAUCAUAGUAGACUACUGACUACUAACAUCACUGUGUCUCUCCUUCAAAAUGGACCUCAUCAUAGUAGACUACUGACUACUCACAUCACUGUCUCUCCUUCAAAAUGGACCUCAUCCUAGUAGACUACUGACUACUCACAUCACUGUCUCUCCUUCAAAAUGGACCUCAUCAUAGUAGACUACUGACUACUCACAUCACUGUGUCUCUCCUUCAAAAUGGACCUCAUCAUAGUAGACUACUGACUACUCACAUCACUGUGUCUCUCCUUCAAAAUGGACCUCAUCAUAGUAGACUACUGACUACUCACAUCACUGUGUCUCUCCUUCAAAAUGGAACUCAUCAUAGUAGACUACUGACUACUCACAUCACUGUCUCUCCUUCAAAAUGGACCUCAUCAUAGUAGACUACUGACUACUCACAUCACUGUCUCUCCUUCAAAAUGGACCUCAUCAUAGUAGACUACUGACUACUCACAUCACUGUGUCUCUCCUUCAAAAUGGACCUCAUCAUAGUAGACUACUGACUACUCACAUCACUGUCUCUCCUUCAAAAUGGACCUCAUCAUAGUAGACUACUGACUACUAACAUCACUGUGUCUCUCCUUCAAAAUGGACCUCAUCAUAGUAGACUACUGACUACUCACAUCACUGUGUCUCCUUCAAAAUGGACCUCAUCAUAGUAGACUACUGACUACUCACAUCACUGUCUCUCCUUCAAAAUGGACCUCAUCAUAGUAGACUACUGACUACUCACAUCACUGUCUCUCCUUCAAAAUGGACCUCAUCAUAGUAGACUACUGACUACUCACAUCACUGUCUCUCCUUCAAAAUGGACCUCAUCAUAGUAGACUACUGACUACUCACAUCACUGUCUCUCCUUCAAAAUGGACCUCAUCAUAGUAGACUACUGACUACUCACAUCACUGUCUCUCCUUCAAAAUGGACCUCAUCAUAGUAGACUACUGACUACUCACAUCACUGUCUCUCCUUCAAAAUGGACCUCAUCAUAGUAGACUACUGACUACUCACAGAACUAACUAACACACUCUAAUGAUGCAAGAACAAGUGUGGCAAUAGAUGUCAAGACUCUUCGCCAAUCUUUUAUAUUGGCAGUUAGGUGUAGAAUUUACAUUCGAAUUAAGAAUUCAAAAUCGGAGCCUUUUUUCUGUCUCUCUCUGUGCGUUAGUUGCUACCUUAACUACAUGAAUAUGAUACGGUUUAUUUCAUUAUGUAACUUUAUACUUCUGUCAUGUUCAUGAAUGUAUUAAUGUGACUGUUAUUUAACCAUGUAUUUAUUAUGUUUUAUAUGUUGUCUGUAGGAAGGCGUACUAACCUGUACUUUUGUUUUAUUAUUUCAUAUGGUGAAUGUAAUUUAGAAAGAAACGAUUAAAGCUUUACCGACGUUCAUUUUCUACGUAUAGAUAGAAUAUUGGUAUUUUAAGCCGCUUCGGCUGCUAAUACGGAAUACUUCAUGUUUUGUAGUUUACUGAUAUACUGCCAGCUUAUUAUAGCUACUGCUAUUACUAAUACUAUAUACGGGCUGGAUGACAAUGUCAGGAAAAUGAUGCGCGUGCAUGGAUGAGGCAGAAGGCCGCGUGGUGAUAUGAUUCUGAGCGGUCUGAUAACUAGCAACAAUGACAAGAAGCCGCCAUGUGGGGAAUCGUAGGUGGCUCGUUUCAGCUCGUUCUGUCUUGUUAUUGAUACCAUGUCUUGUUUUGAGCUGUUUUGACUCAUUUCAUGUUUGUGCUAAUAUGGCAAAAACAUCACUUAGCUAGCUAACCAACAACUGUAAGGAUGUAUUUGUGACAACAAUUGUUCAUUGUGCAAAUGUAUUUAUGUUUUCAAUAAAAAUAGAGUUUACAAAACGCUAAGGCAACCCAGUCUGUUUUGACC